UUGUUAUUAUUAUAUCUGUCGUGCUGAAAAUAUAUUUUCUGGCUCAUGCCUGCUCCAGAAGGGGAAAAAGGUUGAAAUCUCAUGGAGGCCUAGCAUUUCUCCUGGAGCCAAAAAUCCAUUAAAAAUGGACCGCUUUUCAGACCCAUCCAUGCAUCUCUCUGUGCGCUUGACCAGUCGAUACACAGUUCACCGCUGAGUGACCCCAGGGCUCCCUCUGGAAACAAUCGCCUUACGCCUUAGCGGAUGGGUGCGACUAGUUGGUAUUUAAACCCAGCAUGAGAUGCCUUGCAAGCCAUGUGGGAUUAUGGCCAAGCCCCCCAACGGUGCCCCUGCUGCUGCUAUUUGGAGCAUGACAAGACAGCAAAGGCUGCGGCAGUGAUGCAUACUGCGUUGUCUUAUUGUUGCACCAAGCGAAGCCAUGGAACGGACGGCUAAAACCAGGCCUAGCUUAGCAACCGGUGCCUCUGCCGAAACCCAAGAACCUGAGUCUUGUGUUACACCUGCUGUUGUUACCGGCUGCACUUUGUCGGACUUUAGACUCCGAUCUCAGAGGAAGAACGACUGGGAAGCAGACUGCAGAGGGGAGGAUAAAGCCCAGCAAAUGGCCAAAUUUCUCUCUCAGGACCAAAUCCAUGAAUUCAAGGAAUGUUUUUCCCUGUAUGAUAAGAAGCAUAAGGGGAAGAUCAAGGCCAGCGACCUCAUGACAGUGAUGCGGAGCCUGGGGGCCAGCCCCAUCCCGGGUGAAGUGGCCAGGCACCUCCAACAGCACAAGAUCGAUAGCCGCGGAGAACUGGACUUUUCAACUUUCCUGAGCAUAAUGUACAAGCAAAUGCAACAGGAAGACCCCAAGAAGGAGAUCCUGGUGGCUUUCUUGAUGACCGACAUGCAGAAGACCGGCUUCAUCACUGUGGCAGAGCUGAGGGCCAAGCUGAUGAACCUGGGAGAAAGGCUCUCUAGGGAAGAAGUGGACAACCUCUUGAAGGACACCAAAGUGGGACACAACGGGAUCGUGAAGUACGAAGACUUGGUCCGUUCCAUCACACUUCCAGUGGUUGACUACUGAACCAUGACUUGAACCGGACUGCUAGCUGGACUGGAGGCUUGCAGACUGUCCCUUUGACGCCUCUGCUACUGGUUUGCCUUACAAAAUAAAGCUAUUUGCCUUGUAGAUAAA